CUUUCAUACAGGGUAGCAUUUAGGCUUCUACCGACAGCGGCCCCGUCCACGCUGCUGGGGGACACGGCUCGUUGGACGGCGGUCCAGUGUCAGGUACAUACAGUGAGAUGCCAACAGAGGCGCGUUUCAUCUACAGAACUCGUCGUGGCUUUUGCACAGAGCUGUGAGCAGCAUCACUGUGGUAACGUCCGCCUGUUCAUCAUCGCUAGCCGGCUGGCGAGGAGUGUGAAGUCAGUGUCAUGACUGGAGCUGAGACUGAGGAUGACAUUCCAUUGGGCGAAAGGAAGACUGUCACAGAUUUCUGCUAUCUCCUGGACAAGUCCAAACAACUCUUCAAUGGGCUACGGGACCUGCCUCAGUAUGGACACAAGCAGUGGCAGUCCUACUUUGGACGGACUUUUGACGUCUACACUAAGCUGUGGAAAUUUCAGCAGCAGCACAGGCAGGUCCUGGACAGUCGCUAUGGCUUGAAGAGAUGGCAGAUUGGGGAAGUUGCAUCCAAAAUUGGACAGCUUUACUACCACUACUACCUUCGUACCUCAGAAACAAGUUACCUGAAUGAGGCCUUUUCGUUCUACUCAGCCAUCCGUCAGCGCUCCUACUACUUUCAGGUCAACAAAGAGGACAGGCCAGAAUUAGUAGUGAAGAAGCUUCGAUAUUAUGCUCGCUACAUAGUCGUCUGUUUACUGCUGAACAAGAUGGACCUAGUCAAAGUUUUGGUGAAGGAGUUAUCUGAGGAAAUUGAAGAUUACACACAGCGAUUCAACACAGAGGACCAAUUGGAAUGGAACCUGGUUCUCCAGGAAGUGGCUGCUUUUGUAGAGGCAGAUCCAGUGGUAGUUCUGAAUGACAACAAUUCUGUUGCUGUCACCAGCAAUCGUCUGCAGGAGGGAAAUGUGCCUCCUCUAGAACAAGGCAUGGUGGUUGGGCAGCUCGUCCUUGCAGAUGCACUAAUCAUCGGAAACUGUAACAACCAGGUGAAGUUCAGUGAGUUAACCAUCGAUAUGUUCCGCAUGCUUCAAGCUUUGGAGAGGGAACCAGUAAACCUGGCAACACAGUCCUCAAAACAAGGAACGCUGGAACCCAAUGAGAAGCCGGCUAAAAGAGAAAACCCUCACAAGUAUCUUCUGUACAAGCCAACAUUCAGCCAGCUUUUUACCUUCUUGUCUGCCUCCUUUAAGGAGUUGCCUUCCAACAGCGUUCUGCUUGUCUACCUGUCAGCGACCGGAGUCUUCCCUACUGGCAAUUCAGAGUAUGAAGGACCAUAUGAUUUUGGAGGAGUUCUCACAAAUACAAAUCGAGAUGUGGUGAAUGGAGAAACGGUGCAGAAGAGGAAUCAGGCCCAGAAAGAAAUGCACUGCCUUCAUCCAGGGGACUUAUUCCCUUUCACCAGGAAGCCACUUUUUGUCAUCGUGGAUUCUUCAAACAGCACAGCCUACAAGCAUUUCACAAAUCUUUUUGGCCAGCCUCUGGUGUGCCUACUAUCACCUACAGUAUAUCCCAAGAGUGUGCAAGAUCAGUCUCAGCGAGGGAGUCUCUUCACUCUGUUCCUCUACAGUCCACUCCUGGCUUUCUCCUCUGUGUGCGGCUUAAACAGUGUGCAGCGUGGCCUGUGGGAAAGGGCUCAAGAGUUUCUGCGUAAAGUCUACCGGGACAUUGGGCAGAUGAUUACUCGAUCACGGACCAUAGAUCAAGCCUUUUUGCAAUUCUUUGGUGACGAGUUCCUCCGGCUGUUGCUGAUCCGCUUUGUGUUCUGCUCAGCUGCACUGAGACUGCAUAAACUCUUCCGGGAGUCCCAGAGCUUCCCGGAGUCGUACCCUGAGCUCCCUAAACAGGACACAGUGGAGAGCAGCCUUUUACAGAAGCAUAUUUUGGAGCUGGCCACUAUGCUGGACGUGCAGAGCCUAUUUUGGGAUGAUCCACUGGAAGCCUACUAACAUCUUUGCACAGGGCAAAAUGGCAUUCAUGUACAUACAGACUCAACUGCCAGGGCCCUCAUAGUCCCUUUUCUUUUUUUUUUUUCUUUUUUUAACAGGUAAUGAAAUUACUGAUUAAGCACAUACAAGCUCAUGUCACGCAUUUUACUGUUACUUGUGGAAGAAAAUGUAUGUGCAUGUCAUGUAGAUAAGUUUAUUAUAAAUUCCCCUUCAUGAGUCUCAGCGGCUUCCUCCUAAAUGUAAUCAGCGUCAUGUGACAUAAGAGUAAACUGAUUGAGGGGCUGCAUAGAACUGUCCUACUCACCAAUCCAAUCCAAAUGUGAGGUUAAAA